AUGGCUGCACAAAAUCCAACAGAUGCAACCCGGACACCCUUUUACACGCUACCCAACGAAAUUCUAGUCCAAAUCUUCAGUAACAAAUCUUUAUCAAACAAAGAUCUUACAAACGCCCAGUUAACAUGCAGGCUCUUCAAGGAUAAUAUCCAAUCUUUCAUUACUUCUAAUCGACACUAUAUCUUUAGAGUUGAUGAGGUCUCACAGCCAACCUGGAAGCUCAUCCGUUAUUUGAUAAAUAACCCGGAGUUAAACUCAGGCCACCAAAUCGUCUCAAUUACGGUGGAAUGGCACCGAAGGGUCGCAAAGUCGGAAGAUACUUGGACAAAACCUUGGUUUUGGAUAGCUGCCGAUGAAUCAAAACUCGAAUCCCUCUUCUAUAAGUACCGAUUAACCGACAAUACUCGAUCAAACAUUUUACACCAUGGCAGAAAUUCGGAGUCCUUACUGCCCCUGUUAUUAUAUUUUACACCGAAUUUAAAAAUUUUGGAUCUUGGGAACAUAGAUGGACGUAUUGUUGAUGGUACUAGAGCAGAAUGCACCUCGAGUUUUGACGUCCUUAGAUCCUACUGGGAUAGAUCUCCUGACCGAGCAUAUCGCGACGAGCCAGGAACACUCGAAAGCGAUGGAACGUUGUUUUUCUUCGACAACCUCGAAUGUUCGGAUUCCCUACCAGCCCUGAGAGGUCUUAAAUAUUUCAGCAUGAAAUGUCGAGAUGAAACUAGUAAUCGUCACUCUGAAAUGACUCUCCCACCCAUUCUGGGACUACCUAGUAUUGAAAGUAUUCAAGCUUCGUUUACCACAAGUGGCAGCCGGAACAUAUCUGGAUACGGCCCUAACUACGAUUUCGGUGCCAAAAGCACGUCGAGUGUCAAAUUCCUGGAGCUCAGCGUAUCCGGUACCGGCGGCCAUUCUCAAGAAUACUUUUUUUCGCUCGCAAAAUUAACCGGCAAUCUCUCUCACGUCAACAUAAGCAGAAAAUACAAGGCUGGCGAAAUUACGAGGACGUUAGAAGGUGACGAGGAAAUCGCAAGAACUUUCCUUCAAUACAACAGGACCACACUUCAGUCGUCUAAGAUAUUUAUCAAUGGUGGAGGUUUCAAUGACGAUGGGAAAUAUGCCGGAGAUGCGAAAAGACGUAAAAUGGUCUUUGAGAAGCAAAGAUUAUUCGAACUAACCCGCUGCCGUGGUCCGAGUUCACACCCGCCUUCACCAUUUAUCGCUCUGAAACCGCUCCUUCUUUCACAUAUAAUACCUCAUCUCAGCCGAGCCGACAUCUAUAACCUCAUGUUAUCAUGCAAGGUCUUAAAAGAUAUUUGCCAACGGAACCUUUGGUCCAUUUUUCUAUUUCCUAAAGCCGAGGAUAUAAAGACCCGUCCAUUAAAAGAGCGAUGCCUCAACGUCAAUAAUUGGGCGGAAUUGGAAAAAACAAUCGAAAAAUAUGGAAUAAAGGACAUCGAAAAUCUUGAAACCCUUGGUGUUGGUGACGAGGUUUUCGUCCCCAGUGACGGAGGCAUUUAUGACACAAGAGUCAACAAAAAGCGGGUGUUUACCAUUUUCUCGGAUCAACUUCGAAACGGCAGUACCCCGAACCUCAAGUUGGUCAGUAUCCAACUGGGCUGUUAUGGUGGACAGUGUAGUCCUUUCCAUCCGCUCUUCGAUACGUCGAGUUUUCCUUCCAUGUUUGGAGGGUUCGGAUUCUCUUCCAGGCCCCCUUCCACAAUGCCAUCUGAAAACGCCUCUGAAAACGCUUGCAAGGAUUUUUUGACGCUGAUAAAAAACUAUUCUGAACCACUUCCUCCCUCAAAAUUCUCACUUCACCUUACAAUCAAUAUCCAGAGCCAUUACAACAGCGAAGCCCUCCUAGCGUACUGCGAUCUUACAAAACUAACAAAGCUCCAGUUAAUCGGCAAAGGUUGCAGAAAUCUGACAGAUGCUACUCUACAGCUCGAUAGACUAGUAGAAAUCCUUUCAAUAGUGUCCUCAGUACCAAACCAACAACUAAAAGGCUUGGAAAUUGAUGCGUUCGGAUAUAAAGAUAAUGAAGAUGCCGAGCCAUCGGAAUAUUGGGAAGGCCUACAAGAAAAGCUUGAGGUUUUGCAGGGUUUGGUCUUUAGAUUAACGAAGUUAAGGAGAUUGAAGGUGGAGGGCUCUAUCUUCGAUCCAUCAUUUAUCCUCCUCCCACCACCCAACGUUAAGAGUCUAUCCUACAGCGGUAGAAACACGCCCCCGAUAUGGUGGGAAACAUUCUCGAAAUACCCAUUUACGGGACUGGAAUAUCUGACUCUGAUAUUCAAAUAUUGGACUUCAAACGUCAAACUCCCCGCCCUAAAAAAUAUCCAAUUAUCCAGUUUGAGGGAAAUAACAAUCAAUGACGAUGCUUAUGACAAAUAUUCCGGAUCUCAUCCACCGGGGUUCAUAAAUCUCAUUGUCAACACUAACCCCGGUUUAUCACCCCGUUGCCUCCAGGCCAUUGCGGAUAAAAAAGCCGAUAGGUGCAAUUAUUACAUGUCUUGGAGGAUCCCAAAGAUUAUAGAGUUGUGUGGUGGGGAAUUGGAAGGGAUGCUUAAGGCCGCGGUGGCGGGGUAUGCGAAGAAAUUGAUUGAUGAAGUAACGGUGGAGAAGAAAGGGGUGUUGAACGAAAGGUUUGAUGAGGAGGUGGAGGAUGAGGUGGCUGGAUUGGUGGCUGAAGAAUUUGAGAAAGUGAUGGUUGGGAUUUUUGCGGAGAAGUGUAAGGAGAUUAUUAGGGGUGGGUUGCAAUGGAGCGAUUGA